AUGUCUCUGAGCUCCUUUGUGCCCUUCCAAGCUCGACCCCUGAGGCGGCAAUAUAAUGCGUUACCAUCAAGCUCUGCCUUUCACAACACUACGGCCCACACUAAAGGUCUUACUUAUUCAUCAGCGCUACGCGCGUCCCAACAAGAUCAACCCUCCACGAGGGCACGAUGCCGAUAUUCUGACUCCGUUCCGAACAGCAAGACCUUUACUUUUUUGGUUUUCAGGGGUGUCAUCGGCGCUAGCCCUCAAAAGGCCCCUAGUUUUCUCUAUUUAGUCGCUUUCAUAGAUAUAUACUUUUACAGGACUAGCAUCACAAAGCCACGCAGUUCGCUCCGGCUACAGUGAUCUACUCAGACUUCAAAUUUGAUAUUACACUGUAAAAUAUACUUUUAAGUUGUAGGCAAUGACCAAGUUCUUUCGAUCUCGAUCUUUAGUUGGUGCGGCCCGUUCUUCGCGGUUCAUAAUUUCUGAUGAUGAGGCACCAGAACAAAAAGGCUUUUGCUUUCAAACUCCCAGCAGUGAGCGUAGCGUCAGCAGCCCCGGCCGCGCUAUUGGUUUUGCCGUUUUGCGAACUUCUCUCUAUAUCUUUCCAGAAAAAGAACUUUACCAGGGCCACUGAAACGACGCAGAUGCGUCCGUUGUGGAUGUUCCGGGGUAAAUUAUAUCAAUAAAGCUGUCGCGAGAUUUACAUACAUACAUAUAUUGGCUUUCGUUUCAAAUAAUUCUCACCUUUUGGCCGCAGUCACUCAUAUCUGAAGAAGCUUGGAAGAAGUGGGAUUUAGCCCAUUCACCUCGUUUCACGCUUUCGCAGCAACAGCAGGUCACCGCGCGCGCGCUGCUCUAGUGGUCUUGACAGUUUGUAGAAUGUACUAAGCUUGUAAACCCUCUUCAAUAACUAGAUUGUGGGAAAUCACGACGUUGCCGCACAUCUUUGACGCGAAAUCUUUCCGCCGUGACUUACGAAGACGCGACAUGCCGUCGCUUGAAAAACGGCAACAGAGUUCGUUUGCAAAUUCCGCAAAGACAGGCAAUCCUUGCUUUUCCAUGUUGCUGGCGUUAUGUUUCUUAUCUGCAGAUGCGCGAAUUCUGAUGACAAUGUAAAGAUGACACGCGCGACCGUCUGCAACUGAUUCGUCCUAUCUACGUAUUGAAGUCUGCCGAACAACUACAACUGCGACACUAUCUCUCGGUCUGGCACUGCCAGCUGCGCAAGAUCUUUUUCAGAAUUCCGAGCAGAAAAGCGUCCAGCUUAAAGCAUUGGUAAGCGGCUCGCGUGGCCGAUGUUCAUCUCUG